GCAGGGGUUGGGAGCUAGAGUGGCCGCCUGCGUGAAGGCGUGCGCCUCGUUCUGUCGGAAAUCCCCUAGGGUGGAGGCGGAAACGGAAACCUACAGAGGGGAGAGGAGGGUUGUUGCCGCGUGUGGAGGUUGCGUUUACCUGGCCUCAUGGCGGUCCGUGCGUCGUUCGAGAACAACUGCGAGAUCGGCUGCUUUGCCAAACUUACCAACUCCUACUGCCUGGUGGCCAUCGGAGGGUCGGAGAACUUCUACAGUGUGUUCGAGGGCGAGCUUGCUGGUACCAUCCCCGUAGUGCACGCGUCCAUCGCCGGCUGCCGCAUCAUCGGGCGCAUGUGUGUGGGGAACAGGCAUGGUCUCCUGGUGCCCAACAAUACCACUGACCAGGAGCUACAGCACAUUCGCAACUGCCUCCCAGACAGCGUGCAGAUCCGGCGGGUGGAGGAACGGCUCUCAGCCCUGGGCAAUGUCACCACCUGCAACGACUACGUGGCCUUAGUCCACCCAGACCUGGACAGGGAAACAGAAGAGAUCCUGGCUGAUGUGCUAAAGGUGGAAGUCUUCAGACAGACAGUGGCUGACCAGGUGCUGGUAGGAAGCUACUGUGUCUUCAGCAACCAGGGAGGGCUGGUACAUCCCAAGACUUCAAUUGAAGACCAGGAUGAGCUGUCUUCUCUCCUUCAGGUCCCCCUUGUGGCGGGCACUGUGAACAGAGGCAGCGAGGUGAUUGCUGCUGGGAUGGUGGUGAACGACUGGUGUGCCUUCUGUGGCCUGGACACCACCAGCACAGAGCUGUCAGUGGUGGAGAGUGUCUUCAAGCUGAACGAAGCCCAGCCUAGCACCAUUGCUACCAGCAUGCGGGAUUCCCUCAUUGACAGCCUCACCUGAGUCAGCUUCCAUACUGGUCCUGGCUCGACUUUGGCUCCCUCUCAGUGUUCCACCCAGUCCGUCCUGAAUGCUGGCAGGGCGGUGGCAGAGAACUCACCUGGACUCGUGGCUGUAUGUCCAGCCUUUCUUCAUCUGUGCCCAUCUCCUGAAUCUAUAGUUACUGCAAAAAUGUGCCACAUCAUGCUGGCUGGCAGGUCCUAUGGCUUCUGGCUGAGAGCUCUGUUGUCUGUGCCACCCCAUUAAAGGGCAGCUUCCUCUGGCCA